AGAGAGAGAGAGAGAGAGAGAAAGCGAGAGAGAGAGAUGUGGAGCUGAGUUGACAAGCAAAGCAGCGACUCACUCGCACUCUGGAGCUUACAGCACUGAGCCUCUCGUCUUUCCUUUCUCCUCGCUCUCACUGCCCCGCUUUGCUUCACCACUGGAGGAGUUUUGCACAUCUCCUGUCCUGGAGUUGGAAGCAACACAGCUUUACUUAAGACUUGUGAAGGGAAAGCAGAAUAAACACGAAGGAUGGAGGAAAAGAAAGCACAGAAAAGGAGAAAGUGUUAAAAGAGACUGGAAUUGUGUAAAGAAACGUGGACAGACAGUUGGAAAAAAUAGACAAGAAAAAGUGUGCAAAAACUGAAAAGUAGCAGGAAGUGAAAACAAGUAGCAAGUGGAACACCUGAAUAGUAAGGUUGAUAAGAGAGACCAAGGAUCACUGGAAGUGUAACAGCCGUGGCGGCCCACAUGCCCAUCGAUUUCGUGUGCAAAAUCAAGUUUGCUGAGGGAGAUGAGGCCAAAGCGGCCCCACCGAAAGGAGGUGGUGGCAGCCCGAUAGACAAAGGAGCAGGCAUGGCUGACCUAGCUGCUUUUGCCAGGUCCUCAUCUCUGCAUGGCCUGGCUCAGGUGUUGGGGUCGUCAGGAUCAGGCCGGGCAAGCAUGAGGCGGACAGUGUGGGCCCUGGCCCUACUGGCGUCACUCAUGCUCUUCCUGUACCAAGCUUCCCGGAGCACAGGUACCUACCUGGAACACCCACAUGUGGCCGCACUGAGUGAGGAGAGCAGGCGUGAGCUCACCUUUCCUGCCAUCACGCUGUGCAACGUCAACCGCUUCCGCUUCUCUGCGCUCACCGAUGCCGACAUCUACCACCUGGCCAACCUGACCGGGCUGCCGCCAAAAAGCCGCGGCGGGCACCGUCCAGGUGAGCUGCACUAUCCGCCUCCUGACAUGCUGGACAUCUUCCAGCGCACUGGCCACCAGCUUGAUGAAAUGUUGAAGAGCUGCAACUUUAGUGGACAGAACUGCUCCGUACAGGACUUCAGUGUGGUGUACACACGCUAUGGGAAAUGCUACACCUUCAACGGGAAUAAGACCUCACCAAAGCGGACUCGGCAGGGUGGUAUGGGGAAUGGCUUAGAGCUGAUGCUGGAUAUACAACAAGACGAAUACCUCCCCAUUUGGAGAGAAACCAAUGAGACCACUCUGGAGGCUGGGAUUCGUGUUCAGAUUCAUAGUCAGGACGAGCCUCCCUAUAUCCAUGAGCUGGGAUUUGGAGUCUCACCAGGAUUCCAAACCUUCGUAUCCUGCCAGGAACAGAGGCUGUCGUACCUGCCUCAGCCGUGGGGAAACUGCCGCGCGUCGACAGAGCCAGUGAUCCCCGGAUACGACACGUACAGCGUGAGUGCCUGCAGACUGCACUGCGAAAGCGUCCAGGUGCAGAGAGAGUGCAACUGUCGGAUGAUACACAUGCCAGGAAAGGCGGAUAUCUGUACACCUGCAAAAGUGAAAUGUGCCGACAGAGCGCUCGCUUUGCUGGAGAUAAGUACAGGAGACUCAUGUGUUUGUGAGACACCGUGUAACGUCACACGCUAUGGAAAAGAGCUCUCGAUGGUUAAAAUUCCCAGCAAAGGGUCGGCACGCUUCCUCUCUCGCAAGUACCACAAAACGGAGGAGUACAUCAGGGACAACUUCCUCGUCCUGGAUGUUUACUUUGAAGCGCUGAACUACGAAACGAUCGAGCAGAAGAAAGCAUACGACAUAGCUGGACUGUUAGGGGACAUUGGAGGCCAGAUGGGACUUUUCAUUGGAGCCAGUGUUCUCACAAUAUUAGAGAUACUCGAUUACAUCUACGAGGUAAUCAAAUACAGGAUCAAAAGACUCCUGAGACCACAGAAGCACAAGAACCAGCAGAGCCUGAGGAGCCAGACGCAGAAAACAAAGAACCUACAUGACCUGAAUCUUAGAGCCCAGCUAACACCGAGCACCAUUGCAACAGUCAGACUAGAGGAAUUUAAGCCCAAAGAGGCUAAUGAUGGGACGAGAGGUCAACCCCAUAGUGUAUUUCCAGCUUCAGUGUUACCAAACCAUCACACACAAGCCACUGGACAGCAGGACUUUGCUUGCUAAGAGAUGAUUUCUCUAUAGUUUUCAUUACUGUUUACAAUAAUUUCUCAUUAGACUUUUGGCCCUUGGUUGGAACCACACACUGGAAUUAGAUGUUUCUGUUUAUCACCUGUAAAAGCUGCAGCCAAAGUCAAACCCACGGGGAGCUCACAGUGAAUGCCCCUUUUCAGCCAGUGUAAAGGUAUGUGGCUAGGUGGGGGGUCAAACUGGCUUAAACCGCCUCCGUUACAUCAGCACGUGGUUGCAUUGGCAUCGUCCUGCAGUAGCACCGGUGGAACAAGGCCAAUUUGAUUCACACAUGCUCUUAUACUGCAUGUAAGAUAUGUUCUUCAGUAGAUGCAUAGCAUUUUUAAGGAGGUUAUAUUUUAUUUAUUUAUCGGAUUUAAUUCUCUUACUCGAGAAAAACAAGCACAACACUUUUUUAAUCAGAAGGGUGAAAUUCCCAAAAACUUGUGUCCUUCAUUUUUUAGGUUUGCAUUUAAUAUAAAAAUAUAAUAAUAAUAGUAAUAAUAACAAUCAUCUAUUAAUUAAAUAUAUGAAUAAAUAAUAUUUAAUACCUGCAAUAUGAAAAUUGCUUUUUAUCUUUUACUUUUUCCAUUGAAUUUUAUUUGACUUUUUUAAUAUUUUUGUAUUAUUUUGCAUACCCAGUAAAGCAUCUUUACGCUACAUUUACAGUCCUUAAGUAUUUUUAGAGAGGUUUUGCAUUUUCCAGAAAAUUAGACCAGUAAUCCCUCAUGCCACACAAAAAAAAAAAAAAAACAACAACCUCAGAUCGCAUUCACCUCAAGGAUACAACACAAUUUUAUUUUCUUAUUUUAUUUUGCUGAUAGGACGACCAGAAAGGACUGAACUGCUGUAGAAUGAAAUUUAUCAUUUCUUAGUGCACUAGAUGAGAAUUUUUAACACACCUGUUGGAGCAUCGCUCACAUUUUCUUGUCUUGACUGAUUCAUUCAUUCAUCUUCUUACAGAGCUUAUAAAUACACGCAGUCAUGUUAUAGACCUUUGCUGGGAAAUGCCAACCGCAGUUCUUAUGAAAAGAGUCAUACUGAAAAUGCCAGCUUUGCCAACAGGGCUAAAGUGAGUUGGCUGAAGUGUUCAGUUAAAUAAUUUUGUUACUUUUCCAUGUGUCAUGUUUCUUAGAAUAAAACAAUAGCCUAUAGUGCCUCUGGGAGCCAGAUACUAAUAACAGCUCAUCCUAGAUUCAAAGGAAAAUCAAUAUUUGCUCAAAUAUUGCCUGUGGAUAUGGGAUAUGGAUCAGCAUGAUUUUUUUUUGUGCGUAACAAAGAUACUAGCCUCUCUUUUUGUUCAUUUUUUAAAAAGCACAUAAAACAUUAAAUCAAUAAACUAAUUUUUGUUUGAAGAACAGAAACGAAGGCUGACUAAUUGGAUGGUUUUAGAAAUUCAUUUCACAUACGUUUAAUAAGAACACACUGCCAGUCAAGAAAUGGUUUCAUUUCAGAAUGUCAGCAGAGUGAAUGGGACUUAUCAGACGUUUCAUCCUUACUUAUAAUGAUAUCAUUUCUAAUUUAAAAGUAAAAAAAAAAUCAUAAGGAUAC